AUGGGCUGCUGCCAAGGUAACUCCACUAACUCUCCCAUUUAAUAGUAUAAAACCUAUAAACUUAUUAUUCGCGAUUUUAUGUUAAUUUUUUAAGACUCAACCUGGCAGAAAAGAGCUAAAAUUAAACCCAGGAAUCGCCAUAAUUUUUAGCCUAAUCUAACCAUUUUUCUUAUUUAAAUCUUUUUAAAAAAUUUAAUGUAAUCUUUUUAAAAAUGUAUGUGCCCUAAUUAAUAACGAUAAAAAAUGCUCAUUAUAAAUGCUAGGGAGAGUAAACAAACAGUAUCUAUGAAAACCUCAUGCAGACUUUUAUGCACAUACUAUAGAGAGGCUACAAUAAAAAUCAAAGGAAACAACAACAAAACAGAAAAUUUGCAUUUAACAUUCACUGAGCCGAUGCUCUUUUCAUCUCAAAAAGUCCAAAUAGACUCAUAUGACUUAUGGAUAUCCAAAUGCGCAUUGCCCGGCAUUGACCCUUGUGGCGAAAAGAAGACCUGCCAAGACUAUUGUGUAUUUAUUAACGACGAAACAAGCGUUUUGCUAGCAGUUUUUGAUGGCCAUGGAAUCCAAGGCGAAAAAGUCGCCCAAUUCUGCUCAAGCUGCGUUGAAAGUUUUUUCCCUGACAACAAAGAACUGUCAACUGUAAAUGCUAUUUAGUCUGAUCCUAAAGAAUUUUUGAUCGCACUAACUGAGAAAUGUGCUGAGGACUUAAAACAGCAUGAAAGUGAUAUUGACUCGAAAUACUCCGGAUGGUAACUACCACACAGCACUGCUGUCUUUGUAUUCUUGUCUGGUGAUGCAAUUUAUUCUGCAAGUGUUGGAGAUUCUCGCGCAGUGCUUGGGACUUCAUCUCCACCAACUGUCAUGCCUGCCCCAGCUGCACAGAUUAAAGAAGAAGACCGAAAGAUGCUGGAAGAAGUCAAAUCACGAAGACAAAGUCAGCCUGCCCUUGAAAUCCUCCCUGUCCAGCUUACUAAGGAUCAAAAGCCUGAAGACCCUGAAGAACUGGCUAGAAUCAUCCAGAAAGGAGGAAAAGUGCAGAGAAUAACUGAUAAAUCAGGGAAAAAAAUAGGACCUUACCGAGUGUGAGAGCCUGAUUUGAAGUCUCUUGGUCUUGCAAUGAGCCGAUCAAUAGGGGACUCAACUGGAAAUUCUGUUGGAAUCAUAUCAACGCCGAUCUGCACAAAACAUAAGGUGAACCCUUUUGCGGACUGUUUUGUAGUUGCAGGAACAGAUGGAAUUUGAGAUGCAAUGGACAAUCAAGAUGUGGUAAAUUAUGUGGAGUUUUAUAGAGAUAAAUGCAAGAGGGGGUGCACUUCACCUCCUGUUGAAAGCAAAGUCAGUCCUGAUAAUACGUGCAUAGCACAGUUAUUGUGUGAGGAAGCAAGAGUUAGAUGAAUGAGUAUCUUAGAGGAAGAGGAUGUUAUAGUUGAUGAUAUCUCAUGUAUUAUUCUUGAACUCCAGCCAGCAACAAUUUCUUUGAGUGCUCAUGAAAAACGGCCAAUUCCUAAUGAUCAUAUGAAAUAAAAUGAGAUGCUGAUAGAAAUUGGACUCUGAGGUACACACCCGGUAGAGCAGGUUGGACCCAUCCUAAUGAAGCUUGAAAGUGAGGCCUCAGUCUCUUUUUAAAGUAGACCUUUAGAUUUGGGGAAGCCUGCUCUGCCAGAUGAUGAGCUAGAUAGGUUUUGCCUAUAUAUGAAUUUUCCUUAUUGAGAUCAUUGGAGCAACCUUCACUCAACAGCUCUGCCUAGGGAGCUAAUCUCUUGGAUAGGUGGCCAGAUCGGAAAUCCAAAAUGACAGCCUCCCAUUUUUUAAUUUGCACUCUGAGGUUUAUGGAACCUCCCUUUUUGGAGCCAAGACAAGGCGAUUACAAUUGAUUGACUUCGCUUAUCCCCGAAAUAUUAACUUAACUUAAUGAUCAUAGCCCACAUCGGGAAAUUGAAGAUCUGUCUAAUCAAGAGAUUGCUGAAAGCGCUUCUGUGAGGGAUCCUCGUAGAGGGAGCAUUAUUUUAUCUGCAUCUUAA